GGCGCGCGGUGAGACACACGGCGAUGGAGCACGGCGGGACAAAGUCCACGCAGAGUUAGGAGUGGGACGAUGAGGAGGAGAGCGAGUGGAAGAGCCUCCGCGUGUCGUCAUUGGAGGAGAAGACAAAGUUCAAACUUUUAGUAGUCAAGAUGGCCUAAAGUGGAUUUUAGUUCGCCGUCCGUCUUCCUUUCCUUCCCCGCCGGGAUGGUUCGCCUGCUCGGCUGCCUCCUGCUCGGGUACCUGACGUGGAGCCUGCGGAUCUCGCACGCCCGUGGGGAGUACUGCCACGGCUGGCUGGACGGCGCCGGCAACUACCACGACGGCUUCCGGUGCCCGGAGGACUUUGACACGACGGACGCCACCGUGUGCUGCGGCUCGUGCUCGCUGCGCUACUGCUGCGCCGCCGCGGACGCGCGCCUGGAGCAGGAGAGCUGCACCAACGACCGGCCGCUGGAGAACAGCGAGUAUGCCGCACAGCCCGUGUACAUGCCCUUCCUGGUGGUGGGCAGCAUCUUCGUGGCCUUCGUGGUGGUGGGCUCCCUGGUGGCCGUCUACUGCUGCACCUGCCUGCGCCCCAAGCAGCCCGCCCAGCCGCCCAUACGCUUCUCACUGCGCAGCUGCCAGGGCGAGACCAUCCCCAUGAUCCUCACCCCCGCCGCGCAGCCGGGCCUCCGCGCCCCGUCGAGGCAGUCCAGCACGGCCACCACCAGCUCCAGCUCGGCGGGGGGCGGCAGCUCCAUGAGGAGGUUCUCCGUUGGCGGGCAGCAGCACGGUUGCUUGGUGUCGCCAACCGCCGUCUCGCCGGCGUCCACUCCUACGCAGAACCAUCAGACUUUAGCUCCGCCGCCGCCGCCCUACAGGUCGCCUCUAGUCCCCCCGUCUGGCCACGCUCCCUCGCAGCCCGCCUUCCUACUGCCCCAGCAGUACUUCUUUCCCCUGCAGCCGGACCCUUUCGCUUCCACUAAAGGAUUCGCCGACUUCGGGCAAAGUUGACAGUGUUGGGACACUUUAGUACGGGAAGUACAGCCACACCACUUUCACUCCAGAAGCAGGGAAUUGUACUUGUUGACGAUCCCGAGAUGUUUUUUCCUGUGUCAGUGGACCAAAGCGGAGGCGCCGUCCUCUCAGCGGACUUGACAGCAGGAAUGUGGCGCGGUGAUCGCUCAUUGUCAGUGCUCAACGGGCCUGGCGGUGGAGGCUUAGGUUGCAUCAACAGGUAGCGACUGGCUCUCUGGUGCCUCGCCGACUGUGAAACUAACGUCUUCCUCGCCGCAGCAAACUCCACUGUCAGCAUUUGUCACAUUCCGCUUGUCCCUUUGUAUCAUCUUCUGCUUUUUCUUGCAAAAUACACCUUUUUUUUUCUCCA